AGACGAGAGUAGCCUGCAUUCCUGCAGCAUAGCGGGACAGCUUCCUGACACUGGCGGGGAAUGCCUGACGUCCCUCUCCAACUGCGCAGUCUAACUGCUCUCUGGGCAGAGAGCUUUCCAUGGCCUGUGUUUGGCCAAUCUCAGUUGGCCUGGAGAGGAAAGGUCUCGAAGUAGUGUACCACAUACGCUACAGCCUUUUGAUUUACCAAUCAGAUACUCCUAAAUAACCUUAUUUGCUUACUUUGUAACAAUUUUCAUGUAAAACUCGCCUUUUUUUUGCCAAUGUGUGACCGGUUUGUUAGGCAAAUUAAAAGAAUUUGCCCUUCUCGGACUUCCUAGGUUGCUUAUUAAAGCCUGUAGACUGAUUUUCAUGCGAAGGGAGCGAGUUGGUUUUGCCGGGACAAUCCAGAGGAUGUGAAGUUUAUGCGGGCUCCUGAGAGCCUUCUACUACUUCUACAGAAUCCCGUCUGGCUAAACGGGAAGGUGAUCAUGGGCGAGCGGAAACUAGAGUGAACAUCGGCAGGGCGUUUGAUUCCUGCAGAGACCUACGUUCAGUUUCGGGGAUCAAAACAUACCCUGAAUUGGCAUCUUAUGGACAGUUUCUCUUGAGAUGAAACUCCAGGGCUCCUGAAAAAUGAUGGCACCCCAAGGACAUUGGAUAGGAUGGAGCCUGUUGGCAUCUGUGUCACUCAUAUGCCAAGCCUGAAAAGUGGGGAAAAAGUGAAUAAAAAACUUCCAAGCACUAGAGUGAAACUUUGAACACUCAGCCAUGGCUGCAUAUCUGUGGCUCGGAGGAUAGGGUCUCUUAUUUUACUAUACUGAGUGUAUAAAUUGGUCAUUUAGUUUAGGACUUCCAUUGGCCCAGAAAGGCUGAAACAGUAAUUCUCACGCCCAUCUUGAAGGAUCCGGUAUGGAGCUCGUACUGCCACGCUCUUUCAAAAGCAGCUCUUUCUGCUGGACUGGUUGAAGCUGCAGUCACAAGCAUUACUGCAAGGGCAGUAUGCAGGCAGCUGACUACCCAGCCACACAUAAUAAUACAGAGUGCAAGUUCCGCUGCAGCAAUGGCAGAUGUCUGAAGCUUCUCUCGUUGAUUUGUAAUCAUCUGAAUGAAUGUGGAGACAACAGUGAUGAGGAACACUGUCCUGCCGCUGUACCUCCACCUCCAGACACCAUCCAGUCUGAACUGGAGUUUGUUCAGAUAAUAAUCAUAAUUGUGGUGAUGACCGUAAUGGUAGUUGUGAUCAUCUGUUUGCUGAACCAUUAUCGGCUGUCAGCCUGGGCCUUCCUCACACGUCACAGCCAGGCUCGCAGACAAGACGAGGGCAUACAGCCGGAUGGCUGUGCAUGGCCUACAGAUAGUUUGGUGACGCAACAAGGAGCCACUGAGGUGAUGUAUGGGCCACGGAGCGGAGAGCGCUUCAACCCGCCUUCAUUUAUGCAAAGGGACCGAUUCAGCCGCUUCCAGCCAACCUACCCAUACCUGCAGCAGGACAUCCACUUACCACCCACCAUAUGCCUGUCGGAUGGCGAGGAGUUGCCGCCCUAUAAGGGCCCCUGUACGCUGCAACUCAGAGACCCGGAGCAGCAGCUCGAGCUUAGCCGCGCAUCAGUGCGCGCCCCACCCAACCGGACCAUUUUCGACAGUGACCUGACAGACGUUUAUGUGCAUGGAGGCGGGCCGCUGCCCCCAAGCAGCAACUCUGGCAAGAGUGCCUCGAACUCGCACGUAGAGGGGCCGCCGCCUACCUAUAGUGAGGUGAUGGGUCAGAUGUAUCCGGGCACCGCCUCCUUUUUGCACCAGCACAGCAAUAACGCACCGCCCUCCAAUCAGAGGACAGCCAGCCGCUCCUCCCAACAUGGCGCAAGCACAACCCUGUUCGUCAAGGCUAAGGAUAGCCGGCGAGACAAACCGGUGUGACCAGGAGGAGCUUGUGCUCUCUGGUACUGCCUCCUGGACCUAGAGGGGAUUGGCUUCACUCUUGGCUAUGCCCCUUGCACAAUUUGAAUAGAGAAUUGAGGAACCAAGCUUUCAAAGUUUAUUUUUUUGUAUUUUUGUUGUUUUUGCUAGAACUACGGGGCCUUGAAUUGAUGUUUGGGCUCCUUGGCUAAAUCUUUGUCUGUUUGUUUGGUUUUGUAUGCUUUCCUGUAUUUAAAGAGAACGUGUGUUGGCACAGAUUGUUUGCGUGAGAGACCACCUAGGUCAUUGAGAACAUUUUCUAUUUGUGCAUUUCCAGGACCUGUGCACAUAAACUGCUCACAACCAAUCAAAAUCCAAAUUGAGUGCCAUGAUAGAAUCUUUCUUCUUGGGGAUGAAUGACUCAUAACAACAACAAGUCUUUACGUUGCACUUAUUCUUUAAAGAGAAAACAUGGCUACCCUUAGUUACUUUUUUGUAUGUCAAAUCCACAGGUUUUCUGGUCUUUGACAGUACCAUUGGAAUGUUUUCCUUACUUUUUUAUUUAAUUUUAUUUUUUCGUUUUCCUGCAGUGGAGAUGUAGAACUCUGAUCCAGCCUAAAAUCUCCACAACUGAUCUGCAUCGUGGCACUUAUAAAAAGGGGGUUUAACAAACCAGAUCAUUUUCCACUGACCAAGUGAGAGAUAUUGGCAUGGAUAUCUGCAAGAUGGAAGUUAUGACGCCACUUUCAUCCUGUCGAGUAGCACUUUAAACAUGCAUCACUUCAGCAUUGUGGGGGCCAAGUGCAAGGGAAUCAUGGGAACUGUAGUCUUAUGCACAUCCUCGCUGUCCCCAUUUGAAUGAGUGUGUCAUAUCUCAUAAUGUUUAUCGUUUUCCACUAAGAAAAGCAUGCAUCAUAUAGUUUUCCAUUUAUCCAUACUAUAUAGUAUUUAAUCCCAAAUUCUUCUCUCCUGGAAUGCCGUUUAAUUCCAAGGCACAGUUUAUCUGGCACCAGUAUUUAUUCUUUGUGCAAAUGUACCAAUCACCAUCUAUGUUCUCCCCCAUUUUUUUCCAAUUAUCACCACAUGGCACACAUUUGGAAUGCUUUCGGACACAUUGAUUGUUUUGAUCACAUCAGAGCUUUGUAAACCAUCGGCUUUUGGCCUUUCCUUAGAAAGUCCCAUAGAAAACCUAUCAGUGCUUAGGCUAUUUAUUUGUUAAUAACUAUUUAAUAAUGUUACCAGUUUAGGAGGAUAUUUGGUUGAUGUGGGUGGGAAAGCCACGUUUCUCUACAAUCUUUUUUUUUUUGAACAAACAAACGUUAUGGCCCAUCCGGUUUGAUGUUUGUUUGAUGCUUCAAAAUGACCUCCUUUCACUGGCUCCGCUUCCUGUCACUCAUUCUGGCUGUGCGGUUUGAGUUUGUACUGUAUUGCUGCUGCUGCUACUGCUGCUGUUGUUCGUUUGGCAUGUAGGCCUAUGUCCGCUUCCCCGUUACUUUAUAUCCCAAUAGAUGUUUGUGCUAUUUUUUUGUUUGGUUUUUCAAACCGUUAACAUUCACGUACUAUUAGUCGUACUAGGAAAACCAAUCGAUAUGUAUUUUUAGUUUUACGCAGGUUUGCAUGUUCCAAUUUACGUGAGCAAAUUUGGUGCCUAACAGUCAUGUUUAAGCAGACAUAGAAACCCACUUGCACUCAAAAGUCCCCACCUUUGUUGUGCCUCACUUCCUAUGGUGCUUCUUUCAGUAGUCGGACUCUGUUUAUUUGUACGGUGCUGUAUAUAACUUGAAUAUAUUAUGCACAUAUCCUACCCAAUGGGUAGAAAACCACAAGAAAGCAUUGUUAAUAUUGUAAUAUAACGUAUAGGUAUUAAAAAUAAGAAUUUAACAUGGUGGCAUCAAGUUUUGUGAAUGCCUUCAAUUGUGCUUUGUCUUUUUUGUAAAACAGAAUAACGUUUGCAAAGUGAAAUGCUACAGUAUGGUCACAUAAAUAAAUACAAAAGUACUUCUUAUAUUUUUCUUUCCUAUACAGUAAAUGCAAAUCUGUUAUGUGAUUAAACAAAUAUUCUGAUUAUAAGGCGGUUAUAUAAAGGAUAACUAGCUGCUGCUUUUGUAACUUCCAGAGAAAGAAUGAUAAAAUGCCAGCGCUUGUCAUUUUAUUUAUUGAAAUUGUAAUUGUUUUGACUGCUCGCUGUUUGGACUUGUAAUAAUCAUGCUAAGCCAAUCGGAGAAAAUAACUUGAUGUAACGUAAUUGAGUUCAUUAAACGGUUUGUCGUCAUCAGGCACCCGAAACGGAGAGAAGGUUACUGGUUUAUAUCGAAACGGCAGUUCAGCGUGAGGCUUUAUCUUAUUGGUGCGACAUCCGUAGGCCAACAAUAGGGAUUUAGGUGAUGCAUUCCAAGAAAAAGCAAGAGCAAAUGCAUAACAUGAGGAAAAUCCAGCCCAUUGCUGAUUGUUACUGCAUGUUCUUUUUGCCAUUUUGCAUAGCAGUCUCGUUUUGAGUUCCCCGCACCAAACAGUUCCUAUUCAGAAACACGCUGUGUUCUGUUUCCUGUACUUGCUUGAAUAAACGAAUGAUUGACUGACUGAAGUGUUGUGUGGGUGAAUUCAGCAACGGGAAUUCCGGCUCCAUCGAAAUUCACAGCAGUGCUCAUCUAUGGCCUUGUGCAAGAUCACAUCACAGGACUGUGACAUUGUGGACUACAACCUUAUUCUUUUCUUUUUUUUUUUUUUUUUUUUAGCAAAGAACGCUGCUGUCCUUAUGCCCUUUUUAUUUUUAUUGUUCUAUUAUUUAAUUGUGAUGUCAGCGGUUUUCAGUUUGAGGUCUGUCAAUUGCAAUAUUUUACAGGAAAAAUGUGACUAAAAACAAUAAAAUAAAAAAAAGAGGAACAACUAAAUACAAGGACAGAAAAACAUAAAACUAUUGCUCAAAGAUACCGUUGUAGUCCCUCAUGAAACGAUUCCACGCUUGUUCUUUCGCUGUCAUCAAAUGGCUAGAGAGAGCAAUAAAGUUGAGGAAAACAUG